UUUUCGAUUGAUCGGUCGAUCGAUCGCCCUGAUCGAGCUCGAAUUCUAGCAGCGUCCGAGGUUUCGCGAUGGAGAGCCAGCUCAAGGAUAUGAGGGGCGAUGGGCCAAACGUGCUCGACAAGGAUCCAGGCGCGACCAUUGCAGGUGGAGUCCACGAUACCUAUGGCGAGGACGCAGCUACUGUGGAGCGCAUUGUCACUCCCUGGGCUCGCACUGUCGCAAGCGGCGUGGAGCUACUGAGAGAUCCAAGGUACAACAAGGGGCUUGGUUUCACUCUGGCUGAAAGGGAUCAUCACUAUUUGCGAGGGCUUCUCCCUCCUGUCCACUUUUCUCAGGAACUCCAGGAAGAACGAAUUCUAGAGGAUUUACGCUCUUAUCCGGAUCAGCUACAGAAGUAUGUCGCUCUUAUGGAGCUCCAGGAAAGAAAUGAAAGACUGUUCUAUAAAGUUCUCAUCGAUCAUGUGGAGGAGAUGUUGCCCUUCGUCUAUACACCUACUGUAGGUGAGGCGUGCCAGAAAUACGGGCUUAUAUACAGGAGACCUCGGGGCCUCUAUAUCAGUUUAAACGAGAAGGGCAAGAUUUUGGACGUUCUUCGGAACUGGCCUGAGCACAAUGUACACGUUAUUGUUGUUACUGACGGGGAGCGUAUUCUUGGUUUAGGAGACCUUGGAAUUCAGGGCAUGGGUAUUCCAGUCGGGAAAUUGGCUCUAUAUACUGCUCUUGGUGGUCUUCGUCCUUCUUUGUGCCUCCCGGUGGUUAUAGACGUUGGAACAAACAACAAGGACCUUCUGAAUGAUCGUUUCUACAUCGGUCUGAAACGAGAGCGAGCAACAGGCGAGGAAUAUGAUAGCUUAAUUGACGAGUUUAUGAGUGCUGUGAAGCAGGAGUAUGGCGAACGCGUUCUUGUACAGUUUGAAGAUUUUGCUAAUCAGAAUGCGUUCAGGCUCCUAGCAAAAUAUUCAACAACGCACCUUGUGUUCAACGAUGACAUUCAGGGAACUGCUGCUGUGGUCCUUGGUGGACUGAUUGCGGCUGUAAAUAUUACAGGAACAAAGAUAUCAGAUCAGACGUACUUAUUUGCUGGUGCAGGAGAGGCCGGAUCGGGAAUUGCGGAAAUUAUUGCUAUGCACAUCUCGAAAGAGAGCAAUGUUGAGCUAGAAGAAGCAAGGAAGAAAAUAUGGAUGGUGGAUUCUAAGGGACUGUUGGAGAGCUCGCGGUUGGGAUCCUUACAAGAGUACAAAAAGCGCUACGCUCAUGAGCAUGAGUCAUGUCCAGAUUUUCCAGCGGCGGUCAAGCAACUAAAGCCCACCGUACUUAUUGGAACAACGUCAAAGAAAGGCAUGUUCUCCAAAGAAAUUCUUGAAGAGGUUGCAUCUUUCACUGAGAGACCAAUCGUUUUAGCUCUCUCAAAUCCAACAUCCAAGUCUGAAUGCACGGCAGAAGAGGCGCUGAAAUACACCCAGGGACGUGCUCUUUUUGCGAGUGGGAGCCCAUUCUCUCCUGUCGAAAUGAAUGGGAAGACAUUUACUCCAGGCCAGGCGAACAAUGCGUAUAUAUUCCCAGGAAUGGGACUGGGAUGCAUCAUCGCCGGAGCAAUUCGUGUUCAGGACGAAAUGUUUUUGGAAGCUGCUCGAGCUUUAGCGCAUCAAGUGUCAAAAGAGGAUUCAGAGAGAGGACUGAUUUACCCUUCAUUCACACACAUCAGAAAAAUUUCGGCUCACAUCGCUGCUGCUGUAGCUGCAAAGGCCUAUGAACUGGGUUUGGCGACAAGGAUUCCUCGGCCUACUGAUCUCCUCAGCUACGCACAGAGCUGUAUGUACAGUCCUUCGUAUCGUAAGUACAGGUAGAUUAAGCACUAUAAGUUAUGUAAAUAAGAUUUUUAUUAGCAAGUAAACCAAUACUGUGGUUUAUCGAUUCUUC